UGGCUACAGUACUUAGAUAACCUAACCAUGACUAUUAAAUUAAUAAUUAAUUUGACAGGUGUCUAACCUCUCUCAACCUGAGUCGUAAAAACUAGUAUAUCAUGUGAAUGUUGCGUGCACUGCAGUGUUUCUUGUUCUGUACAAAAAGAAAGCACACAGCAGCACUGAGGCAGGUUGAACCAACACAGUAAGUAUGUGUCUGCAGCUGGAGCCAUGGCACUCAGGUGGAUCAUUCUGUUCUUUGGCCUAGGACUGGCAGCAGCUAAGCUGAAAGGUGAUAGAGAAACUGAUGUGGAUGAAGGCCAUGACUGGGACAUCUUUAACAUCAAUGAAGUGGCUGGGCUGGACCUGCUGGAGGGAGACAUUGAGCAGGAGGAAACAUUCAGCAGAAACUCCAUUAUAGGAGACAAGUAUCGUUGGCCAACAACCAUUCCCUACUAUCUCGAGGACAGUCUGGACAUGAAUGCAAAGGGAGUGAUCCUGAAAGCAUUUGACCAGUACAGACUGAAGACCUGCAUUGACUUUACGCCAUGGAAAGGAGAGGAGAACUACAUCUCUGUGUUCAAAGGAAGCGGAUGCUUUUCCUCUGUAGGCAACCAGCAUGUGGGGAAGCAGCGGCUGUCCAUUGGUAAAAACUGUGAUCGUCUUGGAACCGUUGAGCACGAGUUCCUGCACGCUCUGGGCUUCUGGCAUGAGCAGUCCAGAGCUGACCGUGAUGAUUAUGUCAACAUCAUGUGGGAUCGCAUUGAACCUGGUAAAGAGCACAACUUCAAAAAAUACGAUGACGCAGUGUCGAGUGCUUUAGGUGUUGCCUAUGACUACGGCUCUGUAAUGCACUACACAAAGACAUCCUUUAACAUUGGCUCUGAGCCCACCAUCGUCACCAAGAUCCCCCACUUCAUGGAUGUGAUUGGUCAGAGGAUGGGGUUCAGUGCUAGUGAUCUGACCAAGCUCAACCGUCUCUACAACUGCACCAAGUCUUCUAGCUUUGUGGAUAGCUGUAACUUUGAGGAGGAGAACAUCUGUGGGAUGAUUCAGGGUCCUGGCAACGCUGAGUGGGAACAACGUAGUUCUGUGAGCGGAGGGCCUCAGACUGACUUCUCCAACAUGGGACAAUGCAAAGGAAAAGGCUACUUCAUGCACUUCAGCACAGCCUCUGCAGAACCUGGUGACCGUGCAUUCCUGGAGAGUCGUUUGCUUUACCCGAAACCUGGAGCCCAGUGUCUGCAGUUCUUCCUCCAUAACACCGGGGCAGAUGAUGAUAUUCUCAAUAUCUGGGUGCGGCAGUAUGAUGAGGCCAACCCCAGCGGUAAACUGAAGCUCUUCAAGAGUAUUUCAGGAGGUGCCAUGGGCUCCUGGGAACUGCAUAACAUCAAUCUGAAUAUGACACAAAAGGGCCGUGUGGUUUUUGAGGGCGUGAGGGGAAGUAGUCCAUCGAAGGGAGGUUUCUCUCUGGAUGACAUUAACCUGUCAUCCACAAAGUGCCCUCAGCAUGUCUGGCACAUCCGCAACAUCACUCGCCUGCUGGCCACCACACCAGCAGGAGGUAAACUCUACAGCCCUCGCUUUCUGUCACCAGCAGGUUACUCCUUCCAGGUUGGUGUGUACCUAAACGGAACAAGUGACAGUCCAGGGAAAAUGGCCACCUACUUCCACCUGACCUCAGGUCCCAACGACCACAAACUCAAGUGGCCAUGUCCAUGGCAGCAGGCAACUAUGGCCCUGAUAGAUCAGCAGUCUGACAUCAGACAGCAAUUGAACAUGCACCGAAUGGUCACCACUGACCCCGACAAGAAGUCCUCUGAUGGCACUGAGUACUACUGGGACGAUCCCAGGAAGGUGGGCAGUAAAGUGACUGUGUCUGAUGGCAGCUAUUACUAUCGAGGCCCAGGCAGUGGAACAAGUGCCUUCAUCACUCACAGCAGACUAAAGAGCAGAAACUUCAUCAAACAAGAAGAUGCCUUCUUUGUUUUCAGUCUGGAAGAUAUAUCUGAUCUGCUGCUAUCUCAGCCUCUUCCCCGCUCGGCUGUUUAUGCUGACGCCGGUCUGAUGAUGAAGGCUGUAGACCAAGGGGCUCCGCAGGGAGCUGCUGAUAACUCCAUGCUGGUCACAGCUGUGGCAGGGUCAGUGGUAGCAGUCAUGUUGGUGGUUUCCAUGGUGAUCAUAGGGAACGCCUGGAGGAUGAGGAGGAGGAGAAGACAGCAGGAGAGCGACAUGGUGGUGAUCAUACAGGACAUGCCUGGAUUCAUGGAAGCCAAUGAGCACCAGACCAAAGAUCUACCAUCUCCUUUCACUACUCCAUGAUGUCCAGAUGAAAGGAAACAAUCACCAGUAGAGCACAUUACUAAAUGAUCUAUUUAAUCAGAUUGUCACGUGACUGAUUAUCAUAUAUAAUCUGAAUUUGUAUUAAAAAUUUGUUUGAAAUAAAAUCUCUGACAGCAUG